AAUUAAAGAAAAUUAAAAAAGAAAUUAACAAAUGAUCUAUCAUUUAUCAUCUAUCAUCUAUGUUCCAUAUAUCCAUUCUAUUACUUAUGUUCAUAAAUCUUUAGUCCUUAAGUCAAUCAACUACAUAUUAUAAUGUGUUGCUGAAAUAAAUAUUCAGUUCUUAUUAAAGUUUAUUCUGUAUUUUUAGUAUGGAAAGUGAUAAUAAUUCAAAUACAGCAGCUGGGUAAGUUUUUUUGAGAUGAGUAUAUUAUAAUUGUAAUAUUAAUUUGUUGUAUGUUUAUAUUAUGUAUUUAAUUAUUUAAUAUGUUCAGUGUAGGGCUAUUGUUGCGAUAUGCUAGUCAAAAUUCAUUGGAUGAAAGUUCUCAAAAACAAAUACCAAGAUCAGGAAGACGUGAACGAACACCAUAUAGGAAUUGUUCUCAUACAGUUCGUGUAUUUGAAGUGUUACAAUCUUUACGAAAGUAUGCCAUAAUUUAUUUAUAUCUACUAGAAAAAUUAUUGAUGUAACAUUUUGUUUUUAGAGAUGGAGUUUUAUGUGAUAUUAAACUAGAAACGGAUGACGGUACAGUAGUUUAUGCACAUAAAGUUAUUUUAUCGUCAGCUAGUCCAUAUUUCCAUGCAAUGUUUACUACUUUUGAAGAAAGUACUAAAGAUUGUGUUAUCAUAAGGGAAUUGGAUUCCACUGCUUUAAAACUUUUAGUUGAUUUCAUUUAUACAGCCCAAAUUAUGGUUACUGAAGAAAAUGUACAGGUAUAAAUUACUUUUAUUGACUUUAUUUGAAUCCAUUUUUAAUUUUUCUAAUUAUUUUAAGGUUUUGUUACCUGCUUCGAAUCUCCUACAGUUACAUGAUGUACAGGAUGCAUGUUGUGACUUUUUACAAACUCAACUACAUCCAACAAAUUGUUUAGGUAUCAAAGCAUUUGCAGAUUUACAUGGCUGUAUGGAAUUAUUAUCAAGUUCUGAAUCGUAUAUUCAACAACACUUUUCGUAUGUGAUAUAACUACUGAUUUUUAUAGGGGACUUAUAAUAUUAAUUAAAUAAUUUUUUUCUUUUCAGAGAGGUGGUUGAAGGUGAUGAGUUCCUAUCUUUGUCUUCUGAUCAAGUAGUUAAGCUGAUCUCAAGCGAUGAACUUACUGUUCCAUCUGAAGAAAAAGUAGGAAAAUAAAUAUAUUUAUUUUUAUUGUAAUAUUUUAAUAUUUAAAUUUAUCUGAUAUAAUAAAACUUAAAUACAUUUAUUUGAAUAUUUGUUUUUAUUAGGUAUUUGAAUGUGUUAUUUGUUGGGUAAAUCAUGCACCAACUUCUAGAAAAGAUAUUUUGCCUAAACUAAUGGAACAUGUUCGUUUACCAUUAGCAUCAAAAGAAUAUUUAUUAAAAAGAGUAGAAGAAGAACCUCUUCUUAAAAAUAGUCUUGAGUGUAUGUGUAUGUUUUUAAAAUUAUUAUUAACAUGAUUUAAUAUUUAAUAAACUUUUUUUUUUUUUUAUUACUGUUAUGUAUUUUUAGGUAAAGAUUAUAUUAUUGAAGCAUUAAAUUUUCAUCUUUUAAAAUCCGAACAGCCUGGAACUAUUCCAAAAACCAUUCGUACUAAACCUAGACAACCAGUCGGUUUACCUAAAGUAAGUUUUCGUUAUGAUUUAUUUAAUUAUAAUAAGUAAUUGGUUAAUUUCUACUCAACAGGUUAUUUUAGUGGUUGGUGGACAAGCACCUAAAGCAAUUCGUAGUGUUGAAUGGUAUGAUCCAGCAACUAGCCGUUGGCAGCCUGGUCCAGAAAUGAGCACACGCCGUUGUAGAGCAGGUCUUGCGGUUCUAAAAGAUAGUCGUGUAUUUGCUGUUGGCGGUUUUAAUGGUUCUUUGAGAGUUCGUACAGUUGACAUGCUUGAUUUGUCAUCACCAUCACCAUGUUGGGUACCAACAGUUACCAUGUUAGCUAGGCGUGGAACUUUAGGAGUUGCUGUAUUAGAUAAUUAUAUAUACGCUGUAAGUUGUAAAAGACAAAUUUAUUUUUAGAACUGAAUUUAUGAUGAUGUUUGUCUUAUAUCUAAGGUUGGUGGAUUUGAUGGUACAAGUGGUUUGAAUAGUGCUGAAGUUUUUGAUUGUAGUACCCAAGAAUGGAGAAUGAUCUCAAGUAUGUCUACUAGGAGAAGUAGCGUUGGUGUAGGUGUACUCAAUAAUCUUAUAUAUGCGGUAGGUAUAAAUAUUUUAAUUUAAUUUUGAAGUUUGUAUUUAAUUAGAUGUAAUUACAUUUUUUAGGUUGGAGGUUACGAUGGAUUAUCAAGACAAUGUUUAAAAUCUGUUGAAUGUUAUCAUCCGAGUACUGAUACAUGGACACCAGUUGCAGAAAUGUGUGUACGUCGUAGUGGCGCUGGUGUAGGAAUCUUAGACGGUGUAUUAUAUGCUGUCGGUGGUCACGAUGGACCAGAAGUUCGUAAUAGUGUUGAAGCUUAUAGACCUAGUGCUGGAAUUUGGACUUCUGUGGCUGAUAUGCAUAUGUGUCGAAGAAAUGCUGGUAAUUAUUAAUCUGGUUCUAAAUACUAUUUUUUUUAUAUAAAAUGUGUAUUCAAUUUAUAAACAUUUUUAAUAUAGGAGUAGUAGCAUUAGAUGGUUUAUUGUAUGUUGUGGGCGGCGAUGAUGGAGCUUGUAAUUUAGCUUCUGUAGAAGUUUACAAUCCCAACACCAAUACUUGGUCCAUGUUAUUAGCCUCAAUGAAUAUUGGACGAAGUUAUGCUGGAGUUGUAGUUAUUGAUAAGCCUUCACAUUUCAAUACUUAAUUAUUAUCCAGGUAUCCUACUUUUUUAUAUCAAAAACUAAAAGAGCCAGAAAAAACAGACAGUGGCAUUGAAUUCAAAAUACAUUUAUUUAUAACAUAGUCAUUUUUAUAUUAAGAAAUUUAUCAUAUCUAGAGAUUACUUUAAUAAUAAUUUCCUCGUAGAAACUUGAUCUCGUAGUCAGUUAUAAAUGAAGUUUUUCAACGCCUCGUCUCUUAAAUUUGGUUUUGCUUGUCUCAUACACAGUUUUAUGAAAUUAAAUCAGUUGCUAACUAUAAAGUGCAAGACACACUGGGGAACAGUUUAAGAUCAGAAAUGGUUUUAUACUGAUCAAAACACAAUUUUUCAUUGAUUUUAGUGACCACGCACCUGUAAUGAUAGAUGGUCUGCCAUUCCAUUUCUCACCAUCUAUACAUGUUUAGCCAACAUAAAAUUUACAACACUACUUGCUCAAGUGUUGAAAAUUUAUAACUGGUCCAUUAACUUUAACUAUUUAUCACUACGGGUGAUUUCUUUGUAGUUUAAAAACUAAAUAAGAACCUAAUUGCGUAUACCUUAUAACCAGUAAUAGCUUCUAAAAUCUUGUUCACAAUGAACACAUGUAACUCAAAACAGAAUACGAUAAAGCAGUUUAUGAAAUGAGACUAUGAACUAUAUUGAGUAAGGAACCUUAUUCUUUGAUAAUCCCUUGUAUGUUAAUAUUAGAUUAGAAUUUAUACAGUUUAUCUAGACUAAGUGCUGUGAAUAUUUUAAUAAAAUGAUUAUACAUCAUUCAAAUUUGUUAAUGUAGAAUCAAAUACACAAGCCAUACAUUAAUUAAUUUAUAUUUUUAUAGUAUAAACUAUAAUUAUUAUUAUUGAGAUUUUUAUUUGUUUAAAAAUAAUUAUAUACAUACUGUAUGAUAUAAAAAUAAUAAGUGUUGAUCAAAAAAAGUUUCUACCAUAAUAAUUAAUUGAAUAAAUGUUAUUUGAACUGUGAAAUAAUUAAAACAUUAUGUACAUAAUUUAGGUUACUUUGUAAUUUUUUUCCCCCUCUACUUAUGUACAAUAAUUAAUUUAUAAUUAUUAACAAAUUUUGAAUAAUUUAGUUACUUUACUUAUACCAUCUGCAUAAGAUGUGUAUAGAUAUGGAUAUACACAUAACAAGCUUAUUUAAGUGAAACUUAUACAGAGGUAAAAUUACUAUAGUUGUUCUAUUAAAUCAAAUAGAAUUUUAUAUAAAUCUAUCAAAAAGAGCGAGUAUUUAAUAAUUGAAUUUAACAUAUUUUAUCUUUGUAUUUACUUAAAAUAUAUAGGAUUGUACCAUAGGUUAUGUGACAUUACUUUCCUAAUUAACAUAAGAAUUUAUUAACGUAAUAAUCACCUUAAAUAUAAUAAUAAACUGGAACUCUUCAAAAAUCUAAUAUAAUAAUUAUAUUGGAUAUUAAAUUGUUGAGGAUUGUAACUUGAUUUGAUUCAAUAUGAUAUUAUUUUCUAUAUAAAAAAAAAAAAUAUAUUGUAUAAUUCAGAAAAAAAUAUCAAAAUGAUUUUCGGGUUUUCUAUUGGUAUAGCAGUAUUAAAACAAAAUUAUACUCCAUUCAAAUAAAAUAUUAAUAUUGUUAAAUAGUGUAUUUCAAUCUAUUAUCUAGUUAAUAAUAAAUAUUUAAUAUUACAUAAUAUGAUAAUGGCUUAUUUCAAUUUAUUAAUAAUUUUAGUAUUUUAAAUAGUAUUUGUAAUUUUUUACUUACAAUAUGUAUUAUAUUAAUUUGUACUUCAAUUGUUAUGCUGUGUAAUUAAUUUACAUAUAAUUUUCAAAAAUGUUAGCCUUGUAUUGGCCUUAUAUUUGAAUUUUAUAAGACUCACAAUACUGUUAUUUAUUUUUAAAUGAUUUAAAACUUUGGUUUUGAUUACCUCUUACUACUCUACCUAUGUAUAAUAUAGGAAUUGAAUUGUAUGUACGCCAUGUGAUAUUAGUAAUUGUAAGCAUUUACAAAUAGUGUUUAUAUUAACAUUUGUUAUGUUUAAUUUCAAGGGUAAUAAUGCAAAUUUUUUAUGGUAAUUAAAAUUGUUUUCUUAUUUAUAAUUAUUUGUUCUUUAUAUAAUAGGUAAAAUAAUAUAGACAAUAAUUCGAUCAAAAAUUAUAUUAAUAAUUAAUAUGUUUUUAUUAAUUAAACUAACAAUAUUAUAAUAGCAUGAAUAUUUGUAAUACUUUUUUUAGUACUACAGUUAUUAAUGAGCUGUACAAUAUUCUAAAAUGUGUACUUAUUUAUAAGAAUGCUAUUUAUUGCAUAAAUACUAACUUUUAUAGAACAAUAAAACUAAUACAUUUGUUUUUUUUUUUUUUAAACUUUAUUUCAUAAAUAAUUUAAUAGUAUGCAUAUAAUAAUAUAAUAUAUAUAUUUGACUAGAGCAAAGGAUUAAUAAAUCUUAUUUUGCAUUUAAUUACAAACAAAACUUAAUAUGUUACAGCAAAUAUCACAAUGAUAAACAGAGAAAAAAAAAUACUUGAUCAAAUAUGCUUUUAAGAAAUAGUUUGAUCGAUUUAACAAUUCAGAGAUAAUAAGAAAGAUCAAUAAUUUUAAAAUAUUGAUUCGACUAUUUCACAACCGUUGUAUUAAAAUUUAAACAUUUCAAAUAUUUUUUUUAAAAGCAAUUGAACGUGUUUGGCAGCAUAAAAAAAUAAAGCACAACAUUUCAAUGGCACAUUACUAAAAUUGUACCGCAAAACAGUGCUGGUAAUUUAAUGUGACAAAAAUUAACAUUUUAGGACGUUCACAAACAAAUAUACAUAUAUAAUAAUUAAUAUUUAAAUAAUAAAUAUGUAGGUAUUAAUUUUUGAUAUUUAUUGGUGUGUGUCAAUUGGAUUAGACACAAAUGCUGGUUUUUGAUUUUGUCCAUUUGGCAUUAUUUGCCGUGAUGUUUUUGAUCUAAACAUAUUUUAAGUGAAUAUUAAAAUAUUGUGUUUAAGAUUUACAGAAUCACAUAUUAAUAACAUACCGAAUUUGACCGGCUAAGAGAGGAUUUAUGGCAUACAACCAUUCAUAUACCUCUUUGUCUAAUAGUGUUUGCAUUAAGUAACCUCUAUGUUUAGUGACAACACUGCAAGUAAAGUAAAAUAAGCAUAUUA